CAGUGUUGGUGACACAGGUGUGUAGCUGGCAGGUGACAGUGUUGGUGACACAGGUGUGUGGGGUUGACCACUGGUCGUGUCGGUUCUUAAUAUGACCCCAGCGAAGAGGUCAUAAAAGGAAAACCGAAUUUGAGCAAUUACAGCCCAGGUGGCCGUCGACAGAUGUGGAUUUAGCUCUCUCAAGGAAUCUGGAAAUCUGCCAAAUCUUCAGAUCAACUAUAUUGACCAGUAUGAAUAGACAAAAGAUGAGUGAGGAUAGUGAUAUAAUGACACCACUAGAGCCACUGACACCAUCCUCUUGUGGCGGCAUCUCUGCUUCUUCUUCUUUAGAGUUCUCCAGUCGCAAAUAUUACCGUCAGGUCCCACACAGAGUAUUUGUGAACCGCAGUCUACACCUCCAGAAGAUACACUUCUAUGGCUUUGAUAUGGACUACACCCUGGCAGAGUACAAGUCACCGCAGUACGAGACACUGGGUUUCAACUUGCUCAAAGAACGACUCAUAGACAUGGGCUACCCGGAGGAAAUUCGAGAAUUUGAGUACGACCCAACCUUUCCAACCAGAGGAUUGUGGUUUGACCGGCUGUAUGGUAACCUUCUCAAAGUUGAUGGGUUCGGCAACAUUCUGGUUUGUGUUCAUGGAUUCACAUUCCUCAAACCAUCAGAAGUCUAUGAAUUGUAUCCUAACAAAUUCAUCCAACUGGAUGAAUCGAGGAUCUACGUGAUGAACACGCUCUUCAACCUACCGGAGAUAUACAUGAUCGCUUGCUUGAUAGACUUCUUCAGUAAUUCCCCUCAGUAUGUUAAGAUGCUUGAGGAUAAGUCUGGAGAUCUAUAUAUGAGCUUCAAAAGUAUAUUCCAGGAUAUUAGAACUGCUGUUGACUGGGUUCACAUGAAGGGAGGCCUAAAGAAGAAGACUGUGGAAAGCGUGGAUGAGUACGUACACAAGGAUGAGCGCCUUCCACUGCUCCUGGAUAGAUUGAGGGACUCUGGAGCUAAGGUCUUCCUCCUCACCAACUCAGAGUACUGGUACACAAAUGCUAUCAUGGAAUACCUCCUCAGUUUCCCAGACAAGAAUGGCGAUGUUAGAGACUGGAAGACUUUCUUCGAUUUCAUAGGCGUUGACGCAAGCAAACCUGUCUUCUUCCUGGACGGUACGAUCAUGAGACAAGUGGACAGCACUACCGGAGCUCUCAAGCUUGGAACACACACCGGCAAAUUAAAACAAGGACAGGUUUAUUCUGGAGGAAGCUGUGACGUCUUCACGGAACUUAUUGGAGCCAAAGGCAAAGAUGUCCUCUAUGUUGGUGACCACAUUUUCGGCGACAUCUUAAAGAGCAAAAAAAUACGUGGAUGGCGGACAUUUUUAGUGGUGCCAGAGCUGGUUCAGGAACUUCACGUGUGGACGGAGAAGUGUUCGCUCUUUACAAAACUGCAGAACUUAGACGUCAUGCUGGGAGAUCUCUACAAGAACUUGGACUCUAGCACAUAUGAGCGACCAGAUCUAACUAAGGUUAGAUCAGCCAUCAAAGAGGUUACCCACGAGAUGGAUCUGAGUUACGGCAUGCUGGGCUCAGUCUUCAGAUCUGGCUCUAGACAGACUCAUUUCUCCACACAAGUAGCAAGAUACGCUGAUGUGUAUGCAUCUACACUUCUCAACCUGAUCUACUAUCCCUUCAGCUACAUGUUCCGUGCCCCCGCCAUGCUGAUGCCUCAUGAAUCAACAGUUGCCCACGAGCAGAGGUUCCAGGUCGGGGAUGGACCAGUCUCGACGCGCUCAAGAGCCUCCAGUAUACAAGUAGACAGUCCAGACAACCUACAGACCAAGAGGCAAAAGAUUAGGGUGUUAGAGAAAGCUGACUCACUAGUCCCACACACCAGAGCCGAGACGCCGAAGCGAGUCACUCACCACCAUGACGAAGACGACUCAGAGGAAGAAAGUGACAAGUCUUCCUAGAACUGCCUCGAGCUCAACUUGUACAUUAUUGUUAGAUCCAUUUCCAUCGAUUAAAAGGUUCAGAUGACCUUCAUGUACAGUGUUCAACAAGGGCCCUGUUUGUUCCUUGGAACAUGUUGAUAGCAAGUGCAGGUGCUCCUUGACUUACAAUGGUUCAACUUACAAUGUUUCGACUCUACAGUGGCGCAAAUGCAAUUACUUUAGAGAGGAAACUUAAGAUAAUCACCCAGCAUGAAGGCUGCAAGUCCUUAACUUUUAUUUAUUUAUUUACUUCUCAAUACUGGUAUUUAGGUACAAUAAUUAUUUGUUUAGCAUAUAUUCAUUUUCGACUUACAAUGUAUUUUUAACUUACAAUAUUUUUGACUUAAUGAUACUUUCGACUCAUGAUAUUUUUGACUUAGGAUAUUUUUGACUUACAGUAGGUCCAUCGGAACAUAACCCUAUAGUAAGUCAAGGACCACCUGUUUAUAAGCAUCUUGUUCUUCGAUUAAAAAGUUGUACUUUGAGCAUUGAGACAGGCCAUAUUUAUUAUUUUUAAACUAUUUUCACUAUUUUAAAACAUUUUAAUAGUUAAAAUUACAAUACUGGUAAUAAUAAUUGGCAACUACAGUAAUUUAAAAAAAAAUAUUUUUUAUUUAAGAUAUAUCGUACUUUAACUGCAGUGAUAAAUAAUAAUUGUAUCAAAGUCAAAAUAAAAUCAGUAACUGUAACCCUUUCACUGUUGAGAUCGUUGUUUACAGACUUGCUCUCAGUUUCGAAGAAUUUUCAGAAAAAAUAACUUUGUUAUGAAAUGAUAGACCAUUUUUUCCUGAUGAUGGAAAACUUAUGGAAUUACGCUCUUGCAAAGUUAGCAGUCUUGGCGAUAUUUACGCAUCGGUGAUUUUGUCCACUUUGAGCCCUAUUUUCGGCCAAUUUCAUUGUUCUAGUCAACAAAACUCAUAACUAUUUUGCUAGAACUCGUUUUGUUCUAUCAACUGAGUACAAGAAACCACCAACUUACUGAUUUCAACUACCCAGUAAAGUGAUCAGAAAUUGGCAAUUUGGUCAAUUUCAUACACAACUCAAAUAAGGCCAAUUUCAAAAUAGGGGCUAGAAUUAACAAUACAAACAUUCCUGGCACUAAAAUAACAUUUUCUCUCUGCAUUAGUCAUGUCUCUAGGCCCCCUCAUAUAUUAUGCUUGCUUUCCAGUUUGAAUUUUUAUUCACACAAACAAUAGAAGAUUUAUUGUUAUGCAGACUACUGCAUAAUUGUAAAAAUUAUAUAAAUAAUAUCAACGCAUUUGUGAAAGCAUAUUAGACCCACUAGUUGACAUGUAUUGGGCGCAUGACGUGAUUUGUUUACUCUUGAACAUCGGCAAAAAUCGAACAUUUUCGCUACUUUAAGCUCAAUUUCAAAAUACUUUUAGUCCAUAAACCAUUCAAAAUCAUCUCUAAUUCUGUAAUAUAUCUUCCUAGCAAUCAAAUGAGACCAAGAAAACGAGAAUACAACCAUAAAUACCAUACGAAAAUACACAGCAAAGACGCUGUUUUAAAUGAAAAACACAAAGUUUUUUUUUCUCAUUAUGCACUGUGUGUGUUCAGGAUUUUUUUUGAUACUGCACACACUGACCACUCAGACCUAUUCUCUCAUGUGUAGGCCUACCAGCUUUCUCCCGCAAGAUUGGAAGUCACUAGAAUUUUGGCAUUUUAUUACAAGACCGACAUUGGCUGGCAAGACAUAAUAUUAUAGGACCAACAGUGAAAGGGUUAAUAAUUAUUUAAAUUUUUUAUAUAUGUAAAUUUUAUUAUUCACUAAGAUUUUUAAAUUUAAGAAGGCCAAAACAUUUUACCGUUCUUGAAUAUAAAAUAUUUUACCGUUCUUGAAUAUAAAAUAUUUUACCGUUUUUAAUAUAAUUUUUUUACCAUUCUUGAAUAUAAAACAUUUUACCAUUCUUGAAUAUAAAACAUUUUACCGUUCUUGAAUAUAAAACAUUUUACCGUUCUUGAAUAUAAAACAUUUUACCAUUCUUGAAUAUAAAACAUUUUACCGUUCUUGAAUAUAAAACAUUUUACCAUACUUGAAUAUAAAACAUUUUACCGUUCUUGAAUAUAAAACAUUUUACCGUUCUUGAAUACAAAAUGUGAGGCAAGACUUGUAUUCAUAUAAGAGAGUAUGGAAUAUGCUAAUUUCUACCAGAUUAGUACAUUCUUAUAUAGCAACAACAUAAUAAGAACAAAUGAAAACAGAAUACUUAUAGAUCUUAAUAUAGAUUCUAUUAUAAUCACAGUUGACUUUUUUUUUCAAAAUUCAUGACUGUACUUCAGUUUUGAAAUUGAUUUGUUCUCUUUUGCUUAGAAAAGAAAUUCUUUAUUCUGUCAUGAUCAAUAAAUUAUUUAAAAACUGGCUUGUCUCAGGAAAUUAUUUCUCUAAGUUCAAGUGGCUUGUCUUGGGGAAUUAUUUCUCAAAACUCAAGUUAGAUGUUAUUUAAAGAGGCUUUGAGAGAGUUUAAUAUCUCCAUAAUACUCCCCGUGCUCGCCGUUCGACAGAAACUGCAAUUUCGUUUCACAGGGAUUUUGUGCUAAUCUUUAACCCUUAAACUGUCCAAAUGUAGAUCUGUGUCCACGUGCGGGGGGCUCCGAAUGUAGAUCUACGUUUUUUUUACGUGCUUUCAAGUGGGGAAAAUCAAGGUCGGAGCGCUACGCACGUGAACAUAGAUCUACGUUUGGACAGUUUAAGGGUUAACAGCAUCAGCAUUCUACAAUACAGUCACAUUUUAUUCAUGCUCAUAGUUCUACAGAGCAUAGUACUGCACAGGACUACAAUGCUAAUCAAGAUACGUUUACACUUAGCUUCUCAGAACUUCAAAAUUUCUGGAGCCUUCCUACAAAUCCUUCAUUGUAUAUAAAUAGCAAAAAAAAAAAAAAUCA